CACCACCACAAAGCCGUAGAAAAAGUCUCUUAGCCUCUAUUCCGCCUACCACUUGUCACCACACUCCUCGACUCUCCAUUGCUCUCUUCUAUUCUAAUCUAUUUUUCAUCCACAAAAAACCAAGCCAUGACUCUUACUAAAAACUAGGACUAGUGCCCCUUCUCACCAUACAACUCUGCAACAACCUUUCACUAUUAAGAACAACUUCCCUCACCCCCCCCUUCUCCCCUAUUCUUCUUUCACUGCAUCAAAUUUUCCCUUUUCCGUUUCGUUGUAUGGCUUUUAUUGUGGAUCAACAAUCAAACUUUAAACACUUUUGUAAAAUUUGCAAGAAAGGAUUUGGGUGUGGCAGAGCCCUUGGUGGGCAUAUGAGGGCGCAUGGAAUAGGCGACGAGAGUGGGCACAUUGACGACGACGAUCCUGCAAGUGAUUGGGAAGACAAAUUAGGAGGGAAUGUGCCACCUAGCAAUAAGCGCAUGUAUGCAUUAAGAACGAACCCUAAUCGGUUGAAGAGCUGUAGGGUCUGUGAGAAUUGUGGGAAGGAGUUUUUAUCAUGGAAAUCUUUUCUUGAGCAUGGUAAAUGUAGCUCCGAGGACGCUGAGUCGCUUGUGUCCUCACCAGGAUCAGACGGUGACGAUGGUGUGACAAGGAGAGGGUGCGGUUGGUCUAAAAGGAAAAGGUCGUUGAGAGCUAAAGUGGGUAAUUUCAACUCGAAUUGCCCGUCAAGCGAAGAGGAAGACCUUGCCAAUUGCUUAAUGAUGUUAUCUAAUGCAACCGUUGAUCCUUUCUUCACCGAGCCUGAGGAGUCUUGUGCUUCUGCCAGCAAAGAAGAGGAGAGAAGAAAUACAAUGAAUUUCAUUGCACCUAUUGCGUGUAGGGUACCUAUGGACAAGGCCAAGGGCGUAGCCAAAGGGUUGUUUGAGUGCAAAGCAUGCAAGAAAGUGUUCAAUUCCCACCAAGCAUUGGGUGGACAUAGAGCUAGUCACAAGAAGGUUAAGGGGUGCUUUGCAGCUCGGCUUGAUCAUAUCGAUGAUAGUCAAGCUGAUGAAGACCACGACGUUAUCACACACGAAGAAUUCUUCCCUACAAAAUCAACUUCAACUUUGCAAUUUGAUCAAGGAACUAGUGCUCCAUUGGCCUCUACAUCGAAAAGGAAAUCAAAAGUACAUGAAUGUUCAAUCUGUCACCGAGUUUUUUCAUCAGGGCAAGCAUUGGGAGGGCAUAAAAGAUGUCAUUGGAUCACUUCAAAUUCACCUGACACUUCCUCUUUGGCUAAGUUUCAUCAGUUUCAAGGUCGCAUGGAGCCGAUUCAGCAAACACCAAAGUUCAUCGACAAUUCUGAGCCGCUCGAUCUUAAGCUCGAUCUCAAUCUCCCUGCUCCAGCUGAUGAUCUUGUACGACGGAACCACGUUAAUCCAUCCAGCUUUGAUGUUUCAACAGAAAUCUAUUUGCAGCCUUGGAUAGGCGUUGAUGCCAAAGAAAAGGAAGAGAAUCAUCAACACCAACUGCAAGUUGACAAUGAUAACAAAAAUGAAAAGAACAAUAAUUGUAAUAGUUCUAUGCAAAACGCGGAUGACGAAGCAGACAGUAAGGUGAAGUUAGCAAAACUAAGCGAACUAAAGGACAUCAAUAUGAGUGGAGGUUCAUCGCCAUGGCUGCAAGUUGGGAUUGGUUCAACUACUCAUAUUGGCUCUGACCCUUAA